UCACUUAACCGGUACAUACAAUAUACUGUACGCGGUAUUGCCACCUAAAUAAACACUAUUUAUGUCAUAAACUCAGCCGCAAAUUUUCAUCUUUGGGCUGCUGCGUUACAAUCUUAAUGUUUAAACUUAUAAUACGAUUUCACGCGAUAAAGUUUCGCUUUGGCAAGGUUAUUUUGCUGUUUGAUUUACUUAUCAAUCAUCAGACGUUUUUAUUUGGACAUUAUGUCAUCGUCACGUUUAGGGACUAGUACUAGCUGGUGCCCGCUAGGCGCUGAGACAUCGCAGAUCUUUGGAAAAUUAUGGAUUUUUACUGAUAUACUCAGAUAAAUUCAUGCAGUGGCCUCGUUACUAUCUGGAUGAACCUGCUCUCAGGAUGUGGACAAAGGUCACUUUUACGGCAAUGCAAAUAUUUCUAACCAUAUACAACUGCUACGGUCAGCCGAGUGCUAGUUUCAAUUUUGCGAAACGAGAAACCUUUCGUGAUACAGUACAAGAAGCGUUGCAGUAUGUGGAGAACGUCAAACCAGGAGCUUGUGAUAGCGGUACCUCCAAUACACUGAACGUUCUGUUUGAUAACCUGCAAUGGAAAGCGCAGGCUAAUGCUGCGGUACGGUUGUCGAAUCUCUUAACAAAAAACUGGCUGAUUACCAACGGAAGUGGCGGAACUAUGAAUGAUGAACUCCUGUUUGCCAUGACCAGAACGACAAUCGAAAUUGAAGAAUUGGCAUUCGGUUGUGCAAUUGCCUUUGAACCGUAUUUUUACCGGAACAUGUCUAAAUUUUGCGCAUACAGCUUUCACACCGGAAAUGGAUCCAUUAAGUCACACGAUAUCAGUGUCGAGUAUGAUUAUUUUCCAUCCGAAUGGUAUUUAGGUACAAAGAACAAAGCGCUAAAUCUUACUAAAAUUCUGGAAAGAGAUGUAUCGUUAAGAUUAAGCGAUUAUAACGAAACCGGUGUCAAAUUCCAUAAGAAUACAACAGCUUUUAUUGAGCCGAUCGCUACUUUGGAUGACGGAUUCUGGACUCGACCUUACUUUGAUUGCGGUGGAGGGGAUAUCUGGAUGACAACCUUUAAUAGUCCUAUUUUCGCUCAUAUUAACGGAUCGCUUGCUUUUGCGGGUGUCGCCACUUGUGAUAUUGCUCUCAACAUCCUUGACAUUGAUCAAUGCGAUCCGGAAGGAAAUGCCACAAAAGUGGCUUUAAAUGUUUUCCAAGGAACUCAUCACUGCAAAACAACUACAAAGUGUAUUCCUCGCACUGGUUUUGGUUUCCGUCGAGGAACGUACCUGUGCUCAUGCCGGCCCGGUUAUUAUUUUCCGAACAAGACCGAUGAACUUCAAGCAUUCGUCGGUUUUGAUGUGGAGAGCGCCUUUGCCAGGUGGAUCAACAACGGAUCCAUGGAUUACUUUAGUGACUUUGAUUGUAUCCCGUGUCCGGAAGGAUGCGCAGCGUGUCAUGAUGCCACACCGUGUAUGGCGGCGUGGAACUGGUUUUUUCGCGGCAUACUCCUCGCUCUGGUCUUUGGUAUGACGAUCGGUGUGGGUAUCGUUACGGCCGCCGUUAUCCGAUACAUUUCGCAUCCGGUCAUUAGAUCAGCCAGCGCCCUCUUCCUCUUGGUGACCUGUCUGGGAGGCUUCGUUUCCGUUGUAACGGGAAUGAUUGUUUUUGGAAAACCAUCCCGAGCUUCCUGCAUGAGCCGCGAAUGGUUUCAGCAUAUAGGAUUCGCCUUAAUAUACGGCCCACUACUGCUGAAAAACUGGAGGAUUGCUACAAUAUUUACUUCGAUCCAAGGAGCAAAAAAGGUCAACCUGACAGACAACAGAGUUAUGGCUCGCCUACUUUUCUUCAUCGUAAUUCCAACUACACUGUAUCUCACUGUAUGGACAGUUGUGAGGCCACCCAAUGUCGACAUGUUCGAAGAUCUGAAUGGUCUGAAAUUUUAUAUGUGCCGGGAAGGAUGGAUGAAUUAUGCCAUUAUUAUUGCUCAGUGCAUUUUUCUUUUGUGGGGAGUCUACUUGUGCUACCAAAUCCGCAAUGUCGCUUCCAGUUUUAACGAAUCCAAACUGAUUGCGUGGACGAUAUAUAACACCAUUUUUAUGAAGAAUUUUCUCAUCAUAAUCCGGACUUUCAUGAUUGGAAUGGUUGGCCCAGAUAUCCUAUACCUGAUGUACAUAAUAGAACUACAAAUUCCGGUGACCUGCACAUUUGCAAUCAUUUACGGGCCUAAACUCUACUUCCUUCGAACCAUUGUGAUAAUGCCACAAAAUCCCGAUAUUCAAGAGAACGAAACAGUUCAAGAUGUCUCAACGCCGACAAUCAAGCAAAACGGAUUUGUUUCAAAACUUAACAAUCGCUUUUAAUUUAUUUUUUACGAUGUUCCAGUGAACUUAAACUCCUGUAGGAACAACACUAAUUGACAGUUUUGUGCCAUCUGCAUUAAUUGUGACAAGCACGUGUGGCAGAAAAACACAUGAGUGUGGAAAUAAAAGA